AUGCUUAAAAUAACGAAUUUUACGAAUAAAACAUUAAAACAUGCUACUAAAGGUGUUUUAUGUGUAUCAUUAAAGAAGAAACAUGUGUGGACAAGUGACAACAUUGUGAAGUCUCCGUUCCAAGACGUCGUAAUUCCAAACGUAACAGUUGCGGAAUACGUGUGGAGAAAUUUAGAUAAGUGGCCAACCAAAACUGCCAUGAUAUGCAGUGUAACGAAUAGGCAGUACACCUAUGAAGAAAUAUAUAAACAAUCUCAAGUUCUUGGAGCAAACCUGAGGAAGAAAUUUAAAAUCGAUAAUGGAGACGCUGUGGCAAUUAUGUUACCCAAUUUGCCUGAAUAUCUAACAGCUGUUAUUGGAAUACUUAACGCUGGAGGUUUAGUUACAACUCUGAAUCCGAAUUAUAGUGCUCAUGAAGUUCAAAGACAAGUUUCAAUGUCGGACACUAAGUUAAUUUUUGUCACACCUGAGGUGGUAUCGACAGUUAAAAAAGCACUCGUUUUAUGUAAAAGAGAUAUUCCGAUUGUAGAAGUAAAUUUUAAUGGUGAUCUACAAGAAGGAACAAUAUCUUUUAAGGAACUAGUAGAAGAUAAAUAUGUUGACCUCAACAUUCUAAAGGAAGUUAAAAGAAGUGCUGAAGAUGUUGCAUUUUUACCUUACUCCAGCGGUACUACCGGAUUACCUAAGGGCGUAGAACUGACUAACAGAAAUAUUAUUGCCAACGCGGAGCAGCAGAACAAGGACUUUAGAUUUUAUGCAUACACUACAGAUUCGCAUCAAGAUAACUUAUUGGUUUGCUUGCCAAUGUUCCAUUCAUAUGGCUUGUCUAUUCUGGCGGUGCAUAAAUUCUCCGUUGGUUUAAAAUUGGUAACACUACCAAAGUUCCACCCAGAAACGUUCGUACGCGCGCUGUCCAAGUAUAAUUUUAAUUUACUUUACUUGGCACCACCAAUAGUUAUAUUCCUCGGAACACAUCCUCAAGUGGUUUCCAAGUACUUCGAACAUUUAAGAUGUGUUGCCUGUGGAGCUGCUCCGUUACCUAUGGCUGAUAUUGAAAGAUUCUUGAGUAAAGUGCCUGACAACGUUCACUUCAGCCAAGCAUAUGGUUUAACAGAAACUGGUCCGCUUGCAACUGCCUAUCCUAUUGGUCACAAAAAUUACAAAAAAGUUGGUUUUGCAUUGCCAAAUAUUGAACUAAGGGUUAUUGACGGAAAUUUUAAUAAUGUUGGUCCUAAUAAGGUGGGCGAACUUCUAAUAAAAGGACCAAAUGUAAUGAAAGGUUAUAAAGAAAAUCCAGAAGCCAAUAAACAAGUAUUUGUAGACGAUGUCUGGCUAAAGACUGGCGACUUAGCAGAGAUCGAUGAAUUCGGCGCCGUUACUAUUGCAGACCGACUUAAAGAAUUAAUAAAGGUAAACGCUUUCCAAGUACCUCCAGCAGAAUUAGAAUGUGUCUGUAAAGAACAUCCUGCAGUGUACGAUGUUGCUGUUGUGGGUAUACCUGAUGCCAAAUCUGGUCAAAGACCUAAAGCAUUUAUAGUGUUAAAAGAAAACAUUAAAGUUAGUGAUAUUGAAAUCCUCGAGUUCGUGGCUGAAAGAGUGGCUCCUUAUAAAAGAAUAAAAGAAAUAUCCUUCAUAGAGGCUAUACCAAAGAAUCCGUCUGGCAAGAUUUUGAGAAGAGUAUUACUUGAAAAAUAUUGUUAA